CGCUCUUUUGCAAAAGCAACCCCGAGAAACAAUAAUCUGCAGACAGCCCCCUGCAACAACACCCGUGCUUCGUCACCGAUGCCGACCAGAGCACCGCCGCCUCGACCCGCCGUUAUCGGCGACCUCUCCACCCAAUGCUUCCUUCACGGCUUCACCCCAUCAACCUACCUACUCCCCCGCCGGUAUCUACGUCCCCGGCCGCAGCCAUCAUAAACCCUAGGGCCCAACGCCACCGCCGUACGACGUACGGCCAAACCGCGAGGCCCUGUCCGGCCUCAUCACCAUCUCACGCGCCGGACACUUCAACUCUGCCUGCGGACCCCCUUUCUCGUACCCCCCGCUCCUGCCUCCACGCCCUCUAGCUGCUCCUUCCCCGACCAUGCUUCCCCGCCAUAAAUCACUCGGCAGCAUACCCGCGCGGUACGGAUUCCACAUUUCCACAGCACCAAUUAUUACACCAUUUUUAUGUUAGUCACUCGAUGGAGGACAGCCACAUUCAACUUGAUGCAGACAGGGAAGGAAAAUGAUGCGAGAAGCAGUAACCAUGUUUGGCAAUCUUUCCUGUCAUGAUUUUUGCCAUAUUCACAACCUUUUACAUCUUACUAGAGAUUUAGAUUGUGUGUGGUACUGGUGUGUGUGUGUCAAACAUUCAUGGUCACAAUUAAAUCAUACUAGUUCCAAAUUGUGGCAAGGCAAGCAGUCCAGUGUGAUAUAAGUAGCCCCGUCCACAUGAUGAACCUCAAGAUUUAUAAGGAAAGGAUUUCUGGGCCAAUACCAACAAGCUCACAGGCAAGACUUCCCCAAGUCAAGUCAAUACGCGUCUCCUCCACUUAGUUGUCAUUGUCCCUACUCCCUACCUAGUUACAAGGCUAUAAGAGAUACCAGUACGUUCUAGUAUGGUAGUGGAAUACUACUGUCCUCCACUUAAUUGCCCCAGCCGGUCACAAGGCUAUAAGAGACCCACAAACUGUGAUUCCUCUUUCCAGCCAAGGUAAAUAUACCCACCAAUGGAGAUUGCUGUAUCUGCUGUUACCGGCGAACUGCUUAGCCGGUUCAUCUCAUUCCUGAUCAAGAAGCACAGAGAGCGUGCGUCUCUCGAUAAGAAGCUGGACAGGUUGCGGCAUCUUGUGCUGAGAGUCCACACGGUCGUGGAGGAGGCCGAGGGGCGAUACAUCACUAAUGCAGUCAUGCUGGCGCGGCUCAGCACGCUCGCCAAUGCUAUGUACCGAGGUUAUUGUCUGGUAGACAGCAUCAAGUACUUGCCUCCUGCUGAGAAUAUCACAAGCCAGCAAGACCAGGUGAGCAGAUCUUGUUCCUUGGUUUCACCAGUCAAACGAUUUCGGACAACUCACAGCGUGCUCGACAGGAACGAGAUACAGAGUGUUUUGGAAGAUUUAGAAACUGUCGUUGCUAAUAUGGCAGAGUUUGUUGUACUUCUGGCAGGGUGCGAGCGCAUGUACCGCACCCCCUAUGACAGCUAUCUUUACAUUGAGAAUUUCAUGUUUGCUCGCGUCGUCGAGAAGAAGCAGAUCGCCAACUUCCUGCUGCAGGAUGUUUCUCUUACUGGUGCCCCGGCUGUACUGCCAAUCAUCGGUGGUUGUUUUGUUGGCAAGAAGUCUCUGGUCGGGUAUGCCUGUCAUGACAGAAGGGUCCAAUCCCACUUCUCCUCUAUCCUGCACCUGAAUGCAGAUGACAUUUGGAGGAAGGGUCAUCAACUGCUGCCCUCUACCCAGCCAGGAAGGAUUCUAGUUGUUGUUGAGUUCUUUUCAGAUGUGGAUGAUGAUUGCUGGGAGCAGUUCUAUGCAGCUAUGGCGUCAAAGGCUAGAGGAAGCAAAGUGAUCAUAAUAAGCAGGCUUGAAGCAACCGCGAGGUUUGGCACCAUGAAGCCGAUUCGCCUCAACAACUUGCCACAUGAGGAGUAUGUUUAUCUCUUCAAGGUGCUUGUGUUUGGGAGCACAAACCCAGAUGACCACCCUCAGUUGGCAUCCAUAGCGAUGGAGACAGCAACCGUAUUGAAUGGAUUGCUCAUGACUGCAAAUGUCAUCGCCGAAAUGCUGAGGAAGAACCUCAAUGCUCAGCAUUGGCUCCGCUCUCUGAAAAGGUUCAGGAAUGUGGUAGAGGAUAACUUGUCGGCGUUCGAUGCACAUCCUAAGCAUCUCCUGGAGAAAGACCAGCCUGUGGACAUCACCAGAUUGGCGUCGCGAUAUGGAUACCGCGCCCCCCUUCACCUCAUGUCACCUCGUGCCGAACGCAGUAUCGGUCAAAGGGAACUAUCUGGUGUGACAUUCGGGGAGCUGGUAGCAGGCUCUUGCAGUGCCAUGACUCAGUUCCCGAAAGGGGACUUUCAGAUAGUGAUAUGGGAGUCACGGUUACCCCCUUAUACUAAGUUCGUCGCAACUUGUGUUGAACAAGAGCCUCCAUCUGCUUCCUCUUCAAGCAAGAAGCGGCGAGGAUUUGAGAUUUAGAACUUGGUGCUGACGACACAGACAUCGAUUUGCUACAGCAUAUCAAGUAGCUCUCGUAGGAUGGCUUAUUUACAUCAUGAGUUUAUAGUUAUUUGGUGGGCUGAAUUACUUUCUGCAGCCCUGCAGUUGAGCUUCGAUAGGUUUGGUCCUCUACAGUUCUUUGUAGGUACUACUUCGCUUGCUGAAUUUGUGGAUGUUGCCCAUCAUUGGCAAGGCUAUGGUGGCGGGAGGAAGUCUCCGACGACCUCCGCAGAAUCAGAGGUGUCCGUUCAGCAGUGGUCCGACAUCGUAGACCCAGUCGCUUCACUGUUUAAUUACCAUCCAUACACAGGAUUCAGAGCGGAAGGGAAGUGGCACUGUGGCAGAGAGGAAUUGAAAACGAUGGAGGUGAAAAAUCUGACUUCUACAUGGAUGGUUGGAACUUGGAAGCACACAAAAAGUACAAAGUCGAUGGAGAAAAUAAUGCACUUUAUCAGCAACACUUUGCAGUGGGCAGUUAAAAUCUGGUUCAGGUCUGUGCAACAUAUUUGUCUACAUCCUGAGAUCUGCAUGAUGCCAUGAUCGCAGACAAAAGACUCAGUAAUCAGUCAAACUUCUUGACAAACAUUUUCUAGAAUAUAUUGGUGACUUAGAUCUAGUCAAAAUUUAAAGUUAUUCCUAGUAAGGCACAUUGACACGGGUCCUGCACCUAAUACAAGGCUAUAAGAGAAACACACUGCGAUUCCUCUCUCCUUAAAGAUUAAAAAUCCCAGCAUGGAGGUUGUUGUAUCUGCCAUUAUAGGUGAACUGAUUAGCCGAUUCAUCUCCUUCCUAAUCAAGAAUAACACAAACCAGGCAUGUCCUGAGGAGAAGCUGGAACGGUUGCGGCAUCUCCUGCUGAGAGUUCACUCGGUUGUUGAGGAGGCUGAGGGGCGGUGCAUCACCAACGCUGGGAUGCUGGUGCAGCUCAACUUGUUUGUCAGUGUUCUGUAUCAAGGUUAUUCUCUGCUAGACACCAUCAAGUACAGGCCUCAUGAGAAGAUAACAAGUCAACAAGACCAGGUAACCAGGUCAUGUUCCUUAGUAUCACCAGUCAAACGAUUUCGAAUAACUCACAGCUUGCUCGAUGGAAAUGGCAUACAAAGUGUUUUGGAAAAUUUAGAAACUGCUGUUGCUAACAUGACAGAGUUUGUCAUACUUCUGGCAGGGUGCGAGCGCAUGUACCGCACUCCCUAUGACAGCUAUCUUUACAUUGACAAUUUCAUGUUCGGCAGAGCCGUCCAAAAGCAGCAGAUCGCCAACUUCCUGUUGCAGGAUGUUUCUCCUACAGGUACCCCAGCUGUACUGCCAAUCAUCGGUGGUUCUCUUGUUGGUAAGAAGACUCUGGUCGGGCAUGCAUGUCAAGACGAAAGGGUCCUAUCCCACUUCCCCUCUAUACUGCAGCUGACUACUGAUGAUAUUUGGAGAAAGGGUCAUCAACUGCUGCGCUUCACAGAGCCGGGAAGGAUUUUAGUUGUUGUUGAGUUCUUUUCAGAUGUGGAUGAUGAUUGCUGGGAGCAUUUCUAUUCAGCUAUGACAUCAAGGUGCAGAGGAAGCAAAGUGGUCAUAAUAAGCAAGCUCGAAGCAAUUGCGAGGUUCGGGACCGUUAAGCCGGUCUGCCUCAAGAACUUACCACAUGAGGAGUAUGUUUAUUUCUUCAAGGUGCUCGCUUUUGGAAGUGCAAACCCAGAUGACCACCCUCAAUUGGCAUCAAUAGGGAUAGAGACAGCAACCUUGUUGCACGGAGGGCUCAUAACCGCGAAUGUUGUUGCCGAUAUGCUAAGGAAAAACCUCAAUACUCGAUAUUGGCUCCACAUUCAGCAAAGGUUCAGGAAUAUGGUAGAGGAUAACUUGUCUGUGUUUCAUACCCAUCCUAAGCGUCUCCUGGAGAAAGACCAUCCGUGGACAUCACCAGAUUGGCGUCGCAGUACGGAUGCCGGAAUCGGCUUCGCCUCAUGCCUCCGCAUCAUGGCAAACAGAGUCUUGGACGAAGGGAACUAUCUGAUGUGACAUUUGGGAAGCUAGGAGGAGGCUCUUGUAGUGCCAUGACUCGGUUACCCAGGGAUGACUUUCAGAUAGCUGUAUGGGAGUCACGGUUACCCCCUUAUACUAAGUUCGUCGCAACCUGUGUUGAACAAAAGCCUCCAUCUGCUUCCUCUUCAAGCAAGAAGCGGCGACAAUUUGAAAUUUAGAACUCGGUGCGGGCUUUUGUUUUGGCUACGGUGUAGACAAAUAUUUUACAGCGUAUUAGCACCGUGAGUUGAUAGUAUGUGAUUUGGUGACAUGAGUUACUUUCUGUACCCCUGCAGUUGGGCUUCCUUGUAAGUUAGUAUUUCGUAGUCUAUGGUUACCACCACCACUCCAGGUCAUGUUCAGAGUCAGGCUGUCUGUAGAGUUGGUAAUGGUAUUGUGGAUUCCAUUUCCCUAGUUUGUAAAACUCGGUGUUUUUUUACAAGUUUUGCAGGGGCUCCA